AGGCAGUUAGAUUGAUUGAUUCUGAAGUUAAAUUAUUAAGAUAUUCAUACUCAAGUUCAUCCAAUUCAGAUAAUAAAUAUUGCAGAAUAUCAUUAAUAUUAACUGAAUGCAAUUUGCCGAUAAUAUCAGGUUUUGAUGUUUCACGAACAAUUAGAGCAAUGAGACCACCGAUUUCAAACAUACCGAUUAUUGCUCUAACUUCUUUAUCUACAGAAGAAAUAAAAAAUGAAUGUAUCAAAUCUGGAAUAAAUGAUUAUCUUUUAAAACCACUGAAAACCGAUGAACUCGAAAAUAUUUUAACUAAGUGGAUUGCUAAAAAUUAG